AUGUAUUUACCGAGCUGCACCUGUCCGUCAAAGUCUGACUUUGGCUCCAUCGCUUCACCGUUUUUAACGGAGAAUGGCACCGCUCUGCUGGACCCCAGCACCGCUACAGCGAGCAGACUGUCGGAGUCCCGAGGCUGCUGCUACUAUGAGCAGUAUCCUCCUCCCUGGAAAUGGACCCUCUACCAGGCGAACAGUGGCAUCACCCAUCCGCCGCCAACCUGCUUCAACUUGCCGGGUAAAGCUGCUUAUCGCCAGGGCUUACCAUCCCCGUCGGAGACGGUAUUAAAUACCAGUGAGGACUGCUUUCUGUAUGGCGCUGCGGUUUACGGCGCCUCUCGUCCCCGUCUUUACGCACGUGCGUUUGGCGGAGCUUCCUCUGCAGAGUUCAAUCCAGACUCACAACGUCUCUUCUCGGCAGAGCGGAACAUACUCCUGCCGCCGGCUUUCGACCAGUUUCUCGAAUUUGCAGAAGAGGGAGUGGACCCGAAAGCGGAGAUUACACAUGGGAGCCAACAGGAGAAUCGGGCCGAGUGGACGAGCUGUCAAAGCGGGGAGAGCGACGAGGUGAGGGCGGGGUCAGAGUCACCCCAGGCUGGGAAGGAGGACGAGGAGGAUGCGCCGUUCUCCAGCGGCAGUGGGGGAGACUAUGCACCGACAGCACCCUGUGUGGGAAGGAAGAAGCGUUGUCCUUACACCAAACAGCAGAUCAGAGAGCUAGAGAGAGAGUUUCUGUUCAACAUUUACAUCAACAAGGAAAGACGCAUGCAGCUGUCCCGCCUUCUGCGCCUGACAGAUCGACAGGUGAAAAUCUGGUUCCAGAACAGACGAAUGAAAGAGAAGAAAAUGAAAGCAGAGAGACUGCAGUACUACACAGGAUACUGCCUGUUCUGAUAGUCGGAUGAGGGACAAAGAAGACAAAAGACUUUCAAUGUCAUGCACAAACUGUGUGACAUUUCUGCCAAACUUUGUCACAGCACUGUAUGAUUCCAAUCAUGUAGACAGGGAUAGAGGUGAAAACAAACAAAUAAAUAAAUAAACCCAGCUCCUCACUGCUAUUAAAGGAGAACUCCAAGACUCAGGUUUCCAUCCAUGUUUUUUCUCAAUUAACACAACAGCUGCUUAUAUUGAAUAUUCUAUCUCUCAUCAAAAACACUUUCAGAGUACUCCUCUUUCCUCAUUUGAACCCAAAUUUCUUCUUAAAUCAUGUGGCUUACAUUGAAGAAAUUACACAUCUCUGCCUCAGGCCUUCGUGUCAUGUCCAAGAAAUGAGGACAUACAUUCUUCAUCCUUUUCAUGUGUGAGCGUGGUCAUGAGCGUUUUAAUUAUGAAUCCUCUUGUUGUUUAUGUGAAUUUGGUUAUAAUUGAUGUACCUGCUCAAAGCUAAUAACUAAUGACGAAAUACUUGAUAAAGUGUAACCAUCUAUUUAGCAUAUGAAUAAAAUCAUUUUCAGGCAAGCGAAUACAAUCU